AUGACUCCCUUCGAAACUAUUUAUGGGACUCCUCCAAUUAGGCUUCAAGCCUACAUUCCUGGUUUAACUGCAAAUCAGUUAGUGGACCAAUUAUUACAGACUCGAGAGCAAAUUUUGGUAACACUUAAGUCCAAUUUAUCUCUUGCUCAAGAUAGAAUGAAGUAUUAUUAUGAAAAGCGUAGGACUGACAGAGAAUUCUCAUUGGGGGAUUGGGUUUAUCUUAAACUUCAACCCUAUAGGCAGCAAUCUGUGGCAGUUAGGAGGAAUCUUAAGCUUUCACCUCGCUAUUUUGGGCCAUUUCAGAUUACUCACAGAAUUGGCAAAGUGGCAUAUCGAUUAUGUUUGCCCUCAGAUUCACUCUUGCAUCCUGUUUUUCAUGUUUCUGUGUUGAAGAAAAAUAUUGGAGACCAGCUCACACAUUUCUCUUCCCUACCUCCAGUUGACUUACAAGGAGAGUUCAGGCCUCAACCUGAGAGAAUUUUUGAGUGUAGGAGUAGUGAGAGGGACAACAAAGCUAUGGUAGAAGUCUUGAUCCAAUGGGAAGGUGCUGGAGUGGAAGACUCGACAUGGGAACCUUAUUGGAAGCUUCGGCAACAAUUUUCCCAUCUUGUGGGCAAGGUGCUUUAA